AUGAGCAAGGGGCUUAUUGCAGCAGUGAAGGAAGGGGAUGUUGUGAAGACAAGAUCCAUUCUUGAGGAUGAGGCAAUUGAUAUAAUCCAGGAAGAGGUAGAAGAUACAGAUGGGAAGACAAUCCUCCACAUCGCUUCAGAAGAAGGGCACAUCGAGUUGGUGAAAUACAUCUUUGACGUAACGGAUGAGUUUAUUAAGCAGAGCGGGAAUGGUGGCAAUCGUCCUCAAGAUGAGUCUCAGAGUCGUCUUCUGAAUCUCGCUCAAUAUCUGGAUAUCAAUGAGAGUGAUAAUGGUUUUACACCUCUCUACCUUGCCUCAAAGUUUGGUCAUUUAGAUGUGGUUGAGUGUUUAGUCAUACAUGGAGCAGAUGUGAACAAAAUAACAUCAGAUGGCGAUACACCCCUUUGUAUUUCAUCAACUAAUAGUCAUAAUGAUGUGGUUGACUUUCUCGUAAGUUCAGGGGCAGAUGUAAACAGGGUGGGGAAGGGUGGAUCGACACCUCUACAUUGUGCAUCAGACAAGGGACAAGCAGGCAUUGUGAAAUAUCUCAUUUGUCAGGGAGCCAAGCUAAAUUCUGUCGAUGGUGAUGGCCGUACACCUCUUCAUUUUGCUUCAAAGAAUGAUCAUGUUGAUCUUGUACGAAACCUUAUCGAUGCAGGGGCAAAUCUAAAUGCAGAGAAUGUGGUUUGGCAAACACCUGUACAUCUUGCUUCACAUGAAGGUCAUUUUGAAGUAGUUAAAUUCCUAGUGACUACAGGAGCAGAUAUCAAUAAACCAGAUGAGGAUGGAUGGACACCUCUCUAUGUGGCGUCUGAGAAUGGUCAUCUUGAUAUUGUUGAAUGUCUGGUGAAAGCAGGAGCAGAUGUCAAUAAAUCGGCAGAAUAUGGAUGGACCCCUCUUCAAGUAGCGUCAGAAAACAAUCACAUAGAUAUUGUAAAAUAUCUCAUUGCUGAGGGUGCAAAUAUCAACGCAGAAAAUGAUAAGGGGAAUUCACCCGUGUAUCUAGCUUCUAUGAACGGUCAUUUAGAAAUCCUUGAAUGUCUGGUCAAAGCAGGAGCAGAUGUCAAUAAAUCGGCAGAAUAUGGAUGGACCCCUCUUCAUGUGGCGUCAUAUUAUAACCACAUAAAUAUUGUAAAAUAUAUCAUUGCUGAGGGUGCAAACAUCAACGUAGAACUUAAUGAUAGGACGACAUCCGUCUCUCUGUCUUGUCAGAACGGUCAUCUUGAUAUCGUUGAAUAUCUGGUGAAAGCAGGAGCAGAUGUCAAUAUAUCAGAUGAGGAUGGAUUGACACCUCUCUAUGUGGCGUCUGAGAACGGUCAUCACGAUAUUGUUGAAUGUCUGGUCAAAGCAGGAGCAGAUGUCAAUAAAUCGACUGGGAUGUCACCUUUAUAUCUGGCUUCACUGAAAGGUCAUCUUGAUAUCGUUGAAUAUCUGGUGAAUGCAGGAGCAGAUGUCAAUAUAUCAGAUGAGGAUGGAUGGACACCUCUCUAUGUGGCGUCUGAGAAUGGUCAUCUUGAUAUUGUUGAAUGUCUGGUGAAAGCAGGAGCAGAUGUCAAUAAAUCGGCAGAAUAUGGAUGGACCCCUCUUCAAGUAGCGUCAGAAAACAAUCACAUAGAUAUUGUAAAAUAUCUCAUUGCUGAGGGUGCAAAUAUCAACGCAGAAAAUGAUAAGGGGAAUUCACCCGUGUAUCUAGCUUCUAUGAACGGUCAUUUAGAAAUCCUUGAAUGUCUGGUCAAAGCAGGAGCAGAUGUCAAUAAAUCGGCAGAGUAUGGAUGGACCCCUCUUCAUGUGGCGUCAUAUUAUAACCACAUAAAUAUUGUAAAAUAUAUCAUUGCUGAGGGUGCAAACAUCAACGUAGAACUUAAUGAUCAGACGACAUCCGUCUCUAUGGCUUGUCAGAACGGUCAUCUUGAUAUCGUUGAAUAUCUGGUGAAAGCAGGAGCAGAUGUCAAUAUAUCAGAUGAGGAUGGAUGGACACCUCUCUAUGUGGCGUCUAAGAACGGUCAUCUUGAUAUUGUUGAAUGUCUGGUCAAUGCAGGAGCAGAUGUCAAUAAAUCGACUGUGGAUGGACGGACACCACUUCAUGUGGCGUCACAGAAUAAUCACAUAGAUAUUGUCAAAUAUCUCAUUGCUGAGGAAGUAAUCCUGAACGUAAGAGAUAAGGAAGGCUUCACACCCUUAUUUCUGGCUUCAUUAAAUGGUCACCUUGGAGUUGUUAAAUGCUUAGUGAAUGAAGGAGCAGAUGUAAACCAAAGAGGAAAGUAUCGUCGGACAGCUCUCGACGAGGCCUCACAUAAAGGACAUAUAAACAUAGUGAAAUACCUCAUUUCUAAAAGAGCUAAGGUCAAUGGAGUAGAGAGCAAUAACCCUUCACCAAUACAUUACGCAUCGUAUGGAGGUCACGUCGAUGUUGUAAAAUACCUCAUCACCAAGGUAGAAAAUCUGAACUCAGUAGAUAGAAACAGACGGACACCACUCUAUCUCGGUUCACAGAACGGUCAUCUUGAUGUUGUUGAAUGUCUGGUGACCGCAGGAGCAGAUAUCAAUAAAUCGACUGAGGAUGGACGGACACCACUUCAUGUGGCGUCAGAGAAUAAUCACAUAGAUAUUGUAAAAUAUCUCAUUGCUGAGGGUGCAAACAUCAACGCAGAAAAUGAUAAGGGAAGGUCACCUGUAUAUCUGGCUUCUACGAACGGUCAUCUUGAUAUCGUUCAAUGUCUGGUGAAUGCAGGAGCAGAUGGUGCAAACAUCAACGCAGAAAAUGAAAAGGGGAUGUCACCCGUGUAUCUAGCUUCUAUUAACGGUCAUCUUGAUAUCGUUCAAUAUCUGGUGAAUGCAGGAGCAGAUGUCAAUAAAUCGACUGAAAAGGGGAUGUCACCCAUGUAUCUAGCUUCUAUUAACGGUAAUCUUGAUAUCGUUCAAUGUCUGGUGACCGCAGGAGCAGAUAUCAAUAAAUCAGGUGAGGAUGGACGGACACCACUUCAUGUAACGUCACAGAAUAAUCACGUAGAUAUUGUAAAAUAUCUCAUUGCUGAGGGUGCAAACAUCGACGCAGAAAAUGAUAAGGGGGGGUCACCUGUAUAUACAGCUUCUAUUAACGGUCAUCUUCAUGUCGUUGAAUGUCUGGUGAAUGCAGGAGCAGAUGUCAAUAAAUCGAUGAAGGAUGGAUCUACACCUCUUCAAGUAGCGUCAGAAAACAAUUACAUAGAUAUCGUGAAAUAUCUCAUUGCUGAGGGUGCAAACAUCAACGCAGAAAAUGAAAAGGGGAUGUCACCCGUGUAUCUAGCUUCUAUUAACGGUCAUCUUGAUAUCGUUCAAUAUCUGGUGAAUGCAGGAGCAGAUGUCAAUAAACCGACAGAGAGUGGAUCGACGCCUCUUCAUUUGGCGUCACAAAAUGAUCACGUUGAUAUUGUGAAAUAUAUUAUUGCUAAUGGCGCAAACAUCGACGCAGAAGAUGAUAUGGGGAUGUCACCUGUAUAUCUGUCUUGUCAGAACGGUCAUCUUGAUAUCGUUGAAUGUCUGGUGAAUGCAGGAGCAGAUGUCAAUAAUUCGACUGUGGAUGGACGGACACCACUUCAUGUAACGUCACAGAAUAAUCAUAUAGAUAUCGUGAAAUAUCUCAUUGCUGAGGGCGCAAACAUCAACGCAGAAAAUGAUGAGGGGAUGUCACCUUUAUAUCUGGCUUCACUGAAAGGUCAUCUUGAUAUCGUUGAAUGUCUGGUGAAUGCAGGAGCAGAUGUAAAGAAAGCAGCAGACGUCAAUGCAGGGGAAAAUACGAUGUCACCCGUGUACAUGGCUUCUAUGAACGGUCAUCUUGAUAUCGCUGAAUGUCUGGUCAAAGCAGGAGCAGAUGUCAAUAAAUCUGCAGAAUAUGGAUGGACCCCUCUUCAUGUGGCGUCAAAGGAUAAUCAUAUAGAUGUUGUAAAAUAUCUCAUUGCUGAGGGUGCAAAUAUCAACGCAGAAAAUGAUGAGGGGAAUUCACCCGUGUAUCUAGCUUCUAUGAACGGUCAUUUAGAAAUCCUUGAAUGUCUGGUCAAAGCAGGAGCAGAUGUCAAUAAAUCAGAUCAGAAUGGAUGGAAACCCCUUCAUGUUGCGGCACAGAAUAAUCACAUAGAUAUUGUAAAAUAUCUCAUUGCUGAGGGUGCAAUCCUGAAUGUAAGUGAUAAGGACGGCUUUACACCUUUGUAUCUUGUUUCAUAUGAAGGUCAUUUUGAAGUUGUUAAAGGUCUAGUGACUGCAGGAGCAGAUGUCAAUAAAUCAGGUAAAGAUGGAUCGACACCUCUUCAUGUAACGUCACAGAAUAAUCACAUAGAUAUUGUAAAAUAUCUCAUUGUUGAGGGAGCAAACGUCAACGCAGAAGAUAACAAUGGGGUCUCGCCUGUAUAUGUAGCUGCACAAGAAGGUCAUUUUGAUAUCGUUGAAUGUCUGGUGAAUGUAGCUGCUGCGGUGAAUAAAGCCACAAAGGAUGGAAGAACAGCAGUUCAUACUGCCUCCCAGAGAGGCUAUCUAAGCAUUAUUCAAUGUUUGAUUACGCAUGGGGCAGAUAUAGAGGAGCGUGAUAAUAACGGCUGGACAGCUUCUCAUUUUGCUGCGGGGAACGGUCACUUAGAAUGCUUGAAAAAUCUCUUGAGGGACAGCACUACCGAUAAAGCUGAAGAUAGUCAUCACGCACUUGGUGCUAGGAUGCAGACGUUAAAUGGAGUCACACCACUAAUGGUUGCCGCGCGGGAGGGACAUGACGAGUGUGUUCGUAUGUUGCUUGAUGACAACGCAGACAUAGAAACAACAGAUAAUGAAGGAUGGACAGUCCUCCAUUAUGCAGCAGCAAGUGGGAAUGAAGCAGUUGUGAAUGAUCUACUGGAUCAGAAAAACCUACUGAGUUCAAGACGUUCAAGAAGAGGUCAUUCACCUUUAGAUGUUGCAUUGCGAUCAGGAAAGGCUGGAGCUGCAGGGUUUCUUCUUGACAAGGAUGAAUCAGUUAUACACCAGAGCGACAGUGAAGGAUUUACACCUCUUCACCUUGCUAUUGAAAGUGGAUUAACAUCAAUCGUCGAAGAGUUGAUUUCUUUAGGUGCUGAUUUAAACCAGGCAUCAAACGAUGGCCAGACACCUUUACAUACUGCUAUCAGACUAUGUAACUGUAAGAAGAGACAGGUUGAAAUGACAGAAGCUUUGGACCAGAUACAGCAAGAAAGCGAUGACAUCGUAUCCCCAUCAGAGGCAUUGAUACAAUUCCUAAUAAAUAAGGGAUCUAAGAAUGACAUCAAGGAUAACGACGGGUAUUUUCCAGCACAGUACGCCAAGGAUGAGCACAUAAAGCAAAUUGCUUUCCAUAGGUGA